AUGGAAGACUUUGUUGUAACAGUCCAACGUAGCUUGGAUUACUUUUACAAUUUAAGUCCAUUAAUUUUAUUACCUUCUAUCUUCAAUGGGAUUUCUUUGGCGCCACUUCGACGCUGGUUCUGGGAACAGUCGACCUGUUCCCGAGAGUUCAACAAUGAUGACUCCUUCUACCGGGACCUGCUUAUAUGGACCAGCAAUCAUCGUGGGCUCUCCCAGGAAAGGCAUCAACUUGUCGGCUGGGAUGACCAACACUGGAUGGUUUUCCUGAGACUUCUUACACCCUCAAAUGGCGCCGAAAGGUCACACAACAGUGGUUUGAUUUACACGCCAAGAGCUGGUUCUACGCUAUUCUGGCAUGAGAAUUGGCCUUUCUGGAUUCAUCGAAAUAUCAACCGCCAACGUCCCGGAGCACGAAUCGAGACAAUCACGUUGUAUGUUUUAGGCCGAGAUGCAGAGCCUCUCGACAAGCUCAUACGACAAAUCAAAGAAGAUUACUUCGACAAGACUACGAAAGCGUGGAUAUAUACAACCGACCUUUCAGGAAACACCCCCAAUUGGAAAAAGCGUGCCAAACCUGAACGCGAUCUUUCAACCAUUGCUAUUAAAUCGGGAAUGAAGAAAAGUCUUCUGAGCGAUAUGGGAUGGUUUCUGGACCCCGAUCAAGCUAAGUGGCGACAAGAAAGAGGCAUUCCCAAUCGCAGAGGAUAUCUAUUUUCUGGGCCCCCAGGAACAGGCAAGACAUCUUUGAGCGUAGCAUUGAGCAACCACUUUUGCCUUCCGAUCUAUUGCAUCAAUUCUGGUUCUACUAAGAUCGAUGACGAAUCUCUUACAACGCUUUUCGAAAUACUUCCAAAAGAUUGCAUCGUUCUGCUAGAAGACAUCGAUGCGUCAGGAGUCACGCAGGAGCGUAAAGUGAACAAUAGUGAAAACCUAGGAGGUCUUACGCUCAGUGGGCUUCUCAACAUCAUAGAUGGUGCCGCUGCUCAAGAAAAUCGUAUUCUCAUCAUGACGACGAACCAUCGCGACAAGCUCGAUGAGGCACUCCUCAGACCAGGGCGGGUCGACAUGAAGUUACAGUUCGAGCUUAUAGACGAAUCAUGCGCAGAGCAACUCUUCCUAUCCAUCUACGGCAAGCCUGACGCUACAGAAAAAGGAAAUUACAGGGAAGAAGACAGGCUUGCCGCCGCAAGCUUUGCACAAAAAAUUACUCCAGGAGUGGCAUCUGCCGCGGAAGUGCAAAACUUCCUAUUAAUGGUCGACGAUCCGCAGGUCGCAUUGGAAAAAUGCGCGUCAUGGUUCAAGGAGAUAAGCAAAAAUUUAGAAAACGGGCUAUUUCAGGCCGCUUAA